UUGACGCUGACGAAUGGAGCCUGCACCCCGACAGGUACGUUUGGUGCGUUGGUUUCCAUUCUGCGUCCACCUGUGGCCUCCCCCACCUCUCUGAUAUGGACUGACGACGCCCGCACCCAGACAGCAGCCUUGAGAGCAAUGACUGCUGCUAGACAUCCUGUGUUUUCAGCAUCGUCACGUUACGAGACACGGUCCGUGAUGACGCAGACAACAGGCUUCGGCAGAAACGCAAGUACACAAGCAUGUAUACCAUCGAGGAACAAGAAAGUGCAGACGGAGCUUUCUGGAAUUAUGCCGCAGACCUCUUCCUCGUCAAACUGUGGUGAUCCAGAACAGAGUUCUGAUUCAGAAGACCUGGGUGUAUCAGGGAAGCAGCCACUGGAAAGAGAUGACCCUACGUAUUGUCCACCAGAGGACAGCUCUGUUAGGCUUGAGAGGGAAACACCAUCUUUGGUAAAGGAGAGGAAAUUCAUUGUAUUCGAGUCUUGCCUUGACCUUCUCCUGGGGAAGUGCCAAGUAUGUGCUGCUCCCCUGAUCCACGUGGACAAGAGUGUCGUUGGCUGCAGCCUGCAAGUCUACUCAAUUUGUCGGAGUGGACACGUGAAUGACUGGUGCAGCCAGCCCAUCAUCAAGCGGAAGCCGGUGGGGAGUAUCCUAAUGGCUGCGGCAAUCCUGUUCAGUGGCAGCUGCGUAAAGAAGACACUCAGAACACUCACCAGCAUGGGGAUUGUCUGUUUCUCCUAUGGCACCUUCUUCAACAUCCAGAAGGCCUUUCUCCUGCCCUCAAUCGAAAAGGUCUGGAACAAGCAUCAGAACGAGUUGUUCGCAGCUGCUGCAGGCAGGCACCUCACCAUCGCUGCUGACGGGAGAGCAGACUCACCUGGCCACUCGGCCAAGUAUGGCUCCUACACGAUGCUUGAUGCCGAUGACAACAAGGUCAUUCACGUUGAAACCGUCCAGUCCAAUGAAACUGGGGGCAGCUAUCAUAUGGAGCUGGAAGGCCUCAAGAGGUCCCUCAGCAUUUUUGAGGCCCACUCGUUGAUUGUGGCCAUCCUGGUAACCGACCGGCAUCCCCAGCUCAAUGCUUGGCUGGGACGAGAACACCCAGAUAUCUGCCACCUUUUUGAUUGCUGGCAUGUGGGGAAGGGCAUCAAGAAAAAGCUGGCUGCAGCUGCCAAGUCACGGCAUUUAGAGGAGCUCGGGUCUUGGACAAGGGCAGUGGUGAACCAUCUGUACUGGUGUGCUGGGUCAAGUGUCGACAACCAGGACCUCAUCCUGCCAAAAUGGAAGUCUCUGGUGGCACACGUAGUGGGUGUGCAUACCCACGCUGACCCUCUCUUCCCAGAGUGUGAGCAUGAGGAGCUAGAGAAAAAGUGGCUAGCAGAAGGGUCCCCUGCGCACCAGAAGCUGGAGGAGAUCGUGCUCUCCACUCACCUGCUUCGCGACAUUCCUCGACUGUCCACAUCGGCGCAGACAUUUGCAACAGAGUGCUUUCAUAGUACUCUGUUGCAGUUUGCGCCGAAGCAGGUCCACUUCAGCUUCCGAAGCAUGAAGGCCAGGACCUACCUCGCUGCCCUCCAUUACAACGAAAAUGCGGGAAGGCCCCAAGCGGUGACCAAGAAAGGAGAGAAGAUGUGGGUCAUCAAGUAUCCAAAAGCAAAGAAAGGACCCACUGUUGCUAAGCGCAAGACUGACUGCACCUAUGAGUAUGUGGGGGAGCUCAUGGCAGUUGUGCUGCACCUCUGCUCAACGCUGCCAUCCUACAAGGCUGCAGCUGCCCUCUGCAACCAGGAUGCACCUCCAUUUCUUUCUAGUGCGUAUCAGCAUGGAGAUAAACAGGCAUUGGUGCAACAGCACUGCUCUAGGUUUACUCGGUAGUCUGAUGUAGGCCAAGGUUCCACUUGCUUGAUGCAGCUUCUUGCGCUACGCUCCAGCUUUUUCACUUCACCGUGUUUGACCGUUCGGAAAACCUCAGCAAGAAUGGGAUCCACUGCUGUGUUGUCGGCCAGUUCCUUUUCAGUCAUGGGAGGUUUCGUCGGGGCUUCUAACAUCAGUACGUUGCCUGAAGGAUGUUGCUCAUUGUCAGUCUCGGGCAAUGGUAGUCUGCCUAAAGCAUCAGCGUUUUAAUUUCGCUUUCCUGGUCUAGAGAUUAGGUUAUAAUCAUAGGCUCCCAGCUUAACACACCAGCAUGUCCUACUUGGUGAAAGCACAGUCGGUACUGGGGACUCCUGUCCUAUGAUGCCCAACAGUGGUUGGUGGUCAGUCGUUAUGGUCACGUGAUGCGCCGCAACGUAGCGAUGAAAACGGUCCAUGGCGAAUAUAAUAGCCAGCCUUUUACGAUCCAAUUGGGAGUAAUUCUUUUCACGUGACGCCUUGCGACGUAGUGAUGAAAACGGUGUAUGGCAAAGAUAGUAGCCAGCCCCUCACAAUCCAGUUAGAAGAAAUCCUUUUCGACCUUAAUGAGCAUUCUUGAUGUAAAGACGAUCGGUGUUUUGUUUCUAUCUGAAUCUAGCUGAGCUAAUACUGCCUCGAUGCCGUAGAGGGUUGCGUCACAUGACACGCUCAAGCUUUUGUUUUUAUCGUAGUGUGCGAGAACUGCACGCUGUGCAAUAACAUACUUUAACUGUCUAAAGGCUCGCCAAUUUGUUUCCUGCCAUUCACCGGGGACGUCUUUCUCUAGAAAUAUGUAGAGGUCUUUCGUGAUUGUUGCCCUGUUUGCCAAAAACCGAUCGAAAAACGCUAGAAGACGAAGAAACGACUGCAGCAUUGUUUGGCAUGUUGGUUCGGGCAUCUCUUUGGUCGCUUUCAGUUUCUCCUCUGUCGGGUGUAUCCCGGCAGUAUCGAUGAUGUAUCCGAGGUAUACAACUUGUUCCACUGCAAAACGUAACUUGCACCUCUUGAGUUGAAGUCCAGCCUGAGCAAGUCGCAUCAAAACUGUAUCCAGUUGAGUCAUGUUCUGCUGCGGUCGUACCGCUGAUAGCGUCAUCGAGGUAUACCCCGAUCCGCGGGAUUUUAGGUAGUACUGCUUUCAUGAAUCGAUAGAAAAUCGCUGGUGUUGGCGGCGAUGCCAAAUGGCAUUCUUUUUACCCUGUAGAGGCCUUUUGCAGUGUUAAUGGUUAACACGUCGGCUGUUUCUGUUGUUAACUGUAGUUGUUGAUACGCUUGAGCAAGGUCCAGUGUAGAAAAUACCAACCUGUUUUGCAGAUUGGUUAGGAUUUCUGGAAUCGUCAGCAUAGGGUGCACUGCGGCUUUCGCCUCCUUGUUUACCGUACUUCGGUAGUCUCCACAUAGCCAAAUGGUCCCGCCUUUCUUUCGGACAACUACCACCGGUAUAGCCCACUCUAAGUGCUUU